UAUAUAAGCCGCGCCGGAGGGAAAAUAAUCUUUUCAGUACAUUCGCAAAUCUGAAUCGGUUAGCACUGCGGUCCGCGGGGAAAAAUCGCGCCGGUGGAAUUCCGAGAAAUCCGUCCAACAGUUGCUGUAUGAAAUUUAUGAUGAAAAUAGUGAAAUCGUUUUAGUUCAGAGAAGAAUAUCAUAGAAAUAGCUCAUAUAUCUAUUGUGAUAAAAUAAUCCCAUUGAGAAGACUGCGAGUGUUUGUAUUUUAUCAUUGAUUCUAGUCACAAAACUGUGCCCUCAAAUUGGGAUUACCAUAGUUCGUGGGGAUCCGGUCGGAUCGAGUGGUUGAGUUCUUCUUCGUCUAAGUCGUGCGGGCUCAAGUUCACGAGCGCGGGUGCGCCGGACCUGUCCACCCCCUCACACCGUAACCGAGCCGGCACCGCCUACUGCCCCUCUUCCCAACCCCAACUGUGGAGCGCAACUCACAUGCCAUGCGCGAUUCAAUUUCGCAGUUUUUCUCUUCAGCAGCGAGCCACCACCAUGAGUGUCGGAAACACAGUUCAGAUUCCGAUGAUAGCUUUGCAGGACAUGUUUCAAUCAAUGACGUAUCAAAGGCAAACUGGGGCGCCCAAAUCGGCAACGGAGCAAAAGAUCCCAACGGGAGUAUCGGGCGAGGGACGUCCGAAGCGGCAGAGACCGACUCAUCAGGGACCGGGGGGAUGCGGGACUCGCUGGAGGGGACGGGCUCAGCGCAGAACGACCUUAUUCACCUCCAGAGACGGGUGGGACUCUUCAGUGGGGUGGCUUUAAUUGUCGGAACGAUGAUCGGGUCUGGAAUUUUUGUAUCGCCAUCUGGUCUACUGGUGCGAACUGGUUCCGUUGGUGUGAGCUUUAUUAUAUGGAUGGCCUGUGGAUUGCUCUCAUUGUUAGGUGCAUUGGCGUACGCUGAGUUAGGCACGAUGAACACAUCCUCCGGAGCGGAAUGGGCAUACUUCAUGGACGCGUUCGGUCCCUGGCCGGCUUUCUUGUUCUCGUGGGUCUCCACGCUGGUGCUGAAACCGUCCCAGAUGGCCAUCAUCUGCCUGUCGUUUGCGCAGUACGCCGUCGAGGCCUUCGUUGCCGAAUGCGAUCCACCGUUGACUGUUGUGAAAAUGGUUGCAAUAUUGGCGAUUGUGAGCAUUUUAUUUGUAAAUUGUUAUAGCGUUAAUUUAGGGAUGGCUGUACAAAAUAUCUUUACCUCUGCGAAACUGGUUGCGGUGCUGAUCGUCAUCUGCGGCGGCGCCUACAAGCUACUACAAGGCAACACCCAACACCUGCAGAAUGCAUUUAGCGGACCGACGCCGUCGCUGGGGGCGAUCGCGACGGCCUUCUACACCGGUCUGUGGGCCUACGACGGGUGGAACAAUCUGAACUACGUCACCGAGGAGAUCCAGAACCCGAGCAAAAACCUGCCCCGAUCGAUCAUCAUCGGCAUCCCGCUGGUGACGCUGUGCUAUGCGCUGAUCAACGUGUCCUACCUGGCGGCCAUGUCGGCCACCGAGAUGAUCGAAUCGGAAGCCGUGGCGGUCACCUUCGGCAAUCGCAUUCUGGGCGCGCUGGCCUGGCUCAUGCCGCUGAGUGUCACCAUCAGUACGUUUGGCAGCGCCAACGGAACGCUGUUUGCCGCCGGAAGACUGUGCUUUGCGGCCAGCCGUGAGGGACACUUGCUGGAUAUCCUGUCGUACGUGCAUGUUCGUCGUCUGACACCUGCCCCUGGACUGAUUUUCCAUUCGCUGAUUGCCGGCGCGAUGGUCCUCUACGGUACCAUUGAUUCGUUGAUCGAUUUCUUCAGCUUCACGGCCUGGAUUUUCUACGGUGGUGCGAUGCUGGCUCUGAUCGUGAUGCGUUAUACCAAACCCAACUACCCAAGGCCCUACAAAGUUCCACUCAUCAUUCCAAUACUGGUUAUGAUCAUUUCCGGUUACCUAGUGGCGGCGCCCAUCAUCGAAAAACCUCAAAUCGAGUACCUGUACGCAGUGCUGUUCAUUUUCGCCGGAUCCCUCUUCUACUUACCGUUCGUGCACUGGGGCUACCAUCCUAAGUUCAUGGACAACUUCACUCUCUUCUUCCAAAUGCUGUUCGAGGUCGUACCCACCACUUCGAUGGCUAUGUUUGAUUGAACUGAUCGCGCACCGUUAUAGACUCCAAUGGUUGUUGUUAAAACUGCAGCGGCUUGACACCAAAGAAUACCUAAAAAUUUGAGCAAAAUAUUCGAAUCUACGAAGAAGUGCAGAGCACACCACCUUUCGGAUCACGUUGCCAUAAUUGAACAUUGUUAGAUCACUCUUAGAAAUUCACCUAUUGCAACUAUUCGACACUUAUACUUACCUAAUCGGAAGAAAAUACUGCGUUGUAAUAAUCCCAGCAUCAUAAUGUAUUGCGCUUAUGAGUUGAACUGAGCACGUGGUCGAAGACACAAACUUGAAUAGCAAUAACUCGGGAAGGAGAAAACGAAGCAUGUGCCAAUCAAAGUAGCAGGUGGGAACGUCGAGAAUGGAUCGCCGGAUCAGCCAUCAACGCAUCACACCACGCAGGACAAAGUAGUGUGAAACACUGAAACAAAAGAAAAGCAACAGUAAAGACACAAACACUGCUCAAAACCAAAAAAGUUAAAGAAGAAAAAGAAGCCAUACCAAAUCCAAAACCAAACCUGAAAUCAAACAAAAGGUAAUGUUUUCAUUUUAUGUAUUUAUUUUUUGGAUAAACUUUGUAUACAAGAAACCAACAAACUUGGAAGAAGAUGGUUCAGAAUUCGAAACCGGACAGGAGAUUUUAUUGGAUGCAUUAGGGCUGAACGAAGGAAAAGACUAUUUUUGUAAGUGGCAAACCCCGCGAAAAUUGCAAUCAACAACACUAUUGCUCUGUGAAACAUGGCAACAGUAUAGGAGAUGGAGCAGCUUUUGUUUAGGUUGAUUUUGAAAAAGAUGAUUUAGGAAUGGAGACACAUGGUCUCGUUGAGUCUUCUCCGUAGAAUAUAUCCGUCGAAACUAACCUCCAAACAGAUUUUACCGGAUGUCAUUCGCUCUGUCACGUUCUUGUUUACAUGUGUCCUGGAUAUCGUCAAAGAUUACACAUUGCUUCAUACUAUGGUCAAUGUAAUGACUUUUUGAAGAAAAUGAUCAUAAUGUAAAACCCUAAAAAGGGUUGUUUUUGACACGUUGAAUGGAUAAAGAUUUCCGUUCACAGUAAUCUAUUUAGAAGGGAACUCAUUUGACACUCACUGCAUCAAAACAUUGGCACUGUCUCAUGACAUUCAACAUUUCAAGAGAGGUUAUGGCUGCGACAGUAUGCUCGCAUUUUGCCCCCUCUUUUAUUUUUUCUCGUGUUUGUUUAGGAGAGUGAGUAAAAAAAACAAAAAACUGCGCACGCUAGAGGUCGUUUGAUAAUAUUGAUCAGUAAGAUCGAUGAUCGAUCUUAUCGAUCAGCUGUCAAACGACACAGCUCAUCAAUUGAAUCAAUCAUGGAUCUGUCUGCGUCGACAACUUUUGGUAUUUAAUUUAUCCACUGUUUCUUCAAAACCAAUUUGUUCUCGAAUAUCUUAGGUGUUUUGCGAAGUUUAGCCCUCACGACUGCAGCUCGGUUUCGUUCCUUCCGGUGUAGACGGUAUAGACACUUCCGGUAUAGCUGACACGUUUUUCGACAUAGCAAUUUGAAUCAUCCACCGUAUUCGUCAAAAUAUUUAACGGUUCUGAAGAUUCAGUUGACACUUGAACAAAUUCAACGCCUUCUUGCCAGGGGUGUAAGUUAGCUGUCAACUGGGAACAAAUUGCGCCUACCCUUCAUCAUGUUUUAGAACCAGUAAAAAGACGUAAUCCUUUUGCAAUUUUCGUUUGCAAAAGUGAUUUUAAUACCGUUUUAUCAUGCUAAAAGCAAGUCAAUAUGCGAUUAAAAUAUACAGAAAGUUAUAUUCAUCAUAAUAGAUUGAAAAAUGUCAUUCCGACAAGAAAACAGUGUUCUGUUUUCAUCAUUAUGAAAAAUUAGCCUAUACUCUCGUUUGUUUUUGUUGUUAUUUUGUUUGAAGUGCGGAAAUCGGCUGAAAAUUGAAAACUCCCUGGGUGAUUAUUUUGCUCAAAUGUGCGGAUAAUUUAACACUAAGGGCAUCUCCAGGAGCGUUUCAGUUCUAGUUAUAUUUUUAAAACGGUUACAAAAUUUGUAACUUUCAAAAAUAGAACUCAAACAUGGGCGUCUUCAGCAGCAGUUCUAAAUCCUGCAUACUUCUUACGGAAAUCGGUAAAAUUAUUUGACAACAACCUAAUAAAUCAUAAACCCCGUUGGACUCGGUAGAAUGAUGUUCCCAGAGGCAGGGAUGGAAAAUGUCACAAAAAUGUCAUUUCGUUAUUUGCUGAUUUCACUGCACCGAGUAGGAAAUGUAAAUCGACGACAUCAUUCAUUAUCCAUGUCUAAUCAGCAUUAUGGAUGGGUGAUGCUAACGAGCAGAAAUUUACACCGGAAGUGGUGUAAACAGAAAAAUGUCAUGACAUUUGUUCAUGAAAUUUCGCGACAUUUUCCAUCCCUGCCCAGAGGGCAUACAUAUGAUUUGCCAUGGCAACAACAUAAAUAGAACGCGUCAAAAUCUUGUUUCAAAUUUGUGCAAAAAUAGAACGGGGUCGUAUGCCAGUUACAAAUUUUGAAACAAAACUGUUCGAAUUUAUACACUUGAAACGCCUGCUGAAGAUGGUCAAGAUGCAGUUCCAGAUGCAUUUUAAAACUCCCAUACAUUUUAUAACGCUCCUGGAGAUGCCCUAAGGGUCUGUUCCAAUUGGUGAAUUAGAAAUAGGUUUUACUUAGUUUUGACAGUGAAAAAUAGUUUUAAUUCUCGAAUUGGAACAGACCCUAAGACUCAAGAAAUUUCGAUUAUUAUCGAAAACACUGUUCAUAAGCAUCAACAUUGAGAGAAAAACACUGAUGUUUGUGUCACUGUUGAUGUUUAUAAAUCGUUAAACAAAAGAUGUUUACAAAUUAGAACCAACAGUAGAUGGCGCGCAGGUGUACAUUUUUGGGUGGGCGUAGGGGGUAGGAUCUUACACCCCUGCUUCUUGCCGGCACUUGUCGUUGGCAGUUUUCAACCGCUUCCGGACCGGUUUUUGGACGACUUGUUAUCCUUGAUAAUGGAGUCAAUCUCGUACACCGUUAAAUGACGAGAUGUUUCUUGAGCCAUCUGUGUAACGCAGUUGGAAUUGUUGAUUUUUAUUUGUAUGCGAAUUUCUUCUUGUUUUGAUGCGAUUUCGAUAUCCACUUGACAGAUACUGACAAAGUUUAUUAACGUAAACAUUGCACUCUUAGCUAAUUGUAGGCAAAGUUUCAUCAAUGUUUACCCAUACCAGGAAAACUAGAGCAAUUCAACGAAAUAUUUUAGUUCUGAUAAGUAUCCAGGAAAACAUGAUUAUACAAAAACAAAUAGAAAAAGAAAUGCAAUUUGGAGGUUAUAUCUGACGGAAGUAAUCUAUUCGAAUAGUGUUCUAAUCAUUAUUAUCUAUAGAACUACUCUAUAACUAUCCCUUCUAGAGGCAAAUCGUUUUUCUCGCCCCUCUUGACAGCGAAAUAAGGCUUUUACUCGGCAAAAGUGUGAUAUUAUUGACAUAUAAUAGCAAAACUAAGCAUUGGCUGAUAAUUGGCACAACAAUUUGGACUUGAUUCGUAUAUUCACUGCCGUUCAGUGAAUCAAAUUUAAGACAUUCGUGUAAGAUUUGCUCACCCUUAGAGAAUACGAAGAAGAAAAAAAACACUCAAAAAGCGAAGCUGCACGGAUCAUUCCCGAAUGGUCGCUCCCCGAAUGUCACUGUUAAUUUAGUGUUACCUUUUUAGCUGUGGUUUUUGUCCUGUGUAUUUUUUUUUCUCCUCAUAUAGUCUGUAAAGCGGAACGGAAAAAGGCCGAAAUUUUAACUGUUUGGGGAACGACCAUUGCCUCGCCAGCUUGGUGCAGGAGUUGGUGAAACCGAAAUUGUUCGAGAAUUGAAAACUGACAUAUGUCACACUUUGCACUGGAUAUCAGCUGUCAAAUCAUACGGCACUUGGUCGAAGGACGAAACGUCGACAACAUCAAAGAAGGCGAAAAAAGGAAAUCAUAGGCAACAUUUGUUGAUUUUUUCAUGAACCUAUUGUUUAUUCGACAUUUCGCCCUUUCGACCUUUUGUCUAUACACUCAGCAAGAUGAGUGACUUCAAAAGAAUUUGUAACCAUGAACACCCGCAAUCCGAGGGGCACUAUCGAAAGUAUAGUUGUGAACUGUUGAGCUUUACAGGAAACUUAAGAAGAAAAAAAGAGAUCCCUACUGUAUAUAGGAACAAUAUUUUUUAUAUAUUACCAUAUCAUAAAUGAUAUAAAUUUGUGUCGUUUGUUUGUAAAAGAAAAAGAUCGAAUGGUCCGAUCGGUACACUAUGGAGCUAUCAUUCCGUACCGGCGGAUCGUCUGUAGAUUUAUAUAGUUUAGCAAGCUUAUUUUUAUUUAUUUUGCUCUAUUUUUCUGCUUGAUUGCAAUUUAGUAGACACCAGAGAUAUUAGAAACCAAAAAAACAGCAAAACGAUAGGACUCUUAAAACCAAAUAAAUUGCGCUUAUUAAGUCGCGAACCCAAUUAGAAUUCGAUUCGUUGUGAACAUCCUCCAAAUUGAGCUAGAGAAAAGAAAGAGAGGACGGCUUCUUCGCUGACGAUGAUGAUUUUGAUCUCAAAGAUCCAUAUGAAAAACAAGAAGCGUACUAACAAGAAGUGUGAUAGAGAGAGAUAGCUUGACGACAGAGGUAACCAAUCUUAUGUAGAGGAGGUAUUGGCUGAAAAGUUGAAAGCAUACCUCGUUGGUGAUUUUGGUAGAACGCAAUCUCGAAAAUCGAAAGACCGAGCAAUGGUUCAACAAACAAAAAGGAAUAAAUACCCUCAAAUCUUACACUGAAAAAGGCAACAAUUUGGAGCAAAGAAUAAAAUUAUUUUACCAAA